AUGGGUAGGAUACAACCAACAGGAUUUCAACCUGGAUUGUACGACUCAAUGCCACCACAGCAAGCUGGAUUCCAACAUAAAUGGGACGAGCCAAUGCAGCCAUAUCAAGGAGAACUGCAAUAUGGCCUAGAUGAAUCAAAUCAACCAAAAAUAACAGGACGGCAAGGGAUGGGUAGGAUACAUCAACCAACAGGUCUGGACGAGUCAAUGCAACAACCGCAAUUUCAACGCGCGUUAUAUGAAUCAGUGCAACCGCAACAACGUGGUUUGGAUGAAUCAAUAAGCCCGCAACAAGAUGGAUUCCAGCUUGGAUUCGAUGAAUCAAUGAACCCGCAACAAGCUGGUUACCAACGUGGUUUGGAUGAACCAAUGAACCCGGAACAAGCUGGAUUUCAACAUGGGUUCGAUGAAUCAAUGAAUCCGCAACAAGCAAGAUUCCAGCGUGGAUUCGAUGAAUCAAUGAACCCGCAACAAGCUGGUUACCAACGUGGUUUGGAUGAACCAAUGAACCCGGAACAAGCUGGAUUUCAACGUGGGUUCGAUGAAUCAAUGAAUCCGCAACAAGCAAGAUUCCAGCGUGGAUUCGACGAAUCAAUGAACCCGCAUCAAGCUGGUUACCAACGUGGUUUGGAUGAACCAAUGUACCCGGAACAAGCUGGAUUUCAACGUGGGUUCGAUGAAUCAAUGAAUCCGCAACAAGCAAGAUUCCAGCGUGGAUUCGAUGAAUCAAUGAACCCGCAACAAGCUGGUUACCAACGUGGUUUGGAUGAACCAAUGAACCCGGAACAAGCUGGAUUUCAACGUGGGUUCAAUGAAUCAAUGAAUCCGCAACAAGCAAAAUUCCAGCGUGGAUUCGAUGAAUCAAUGAACCCGCAACAAACUGGUUACCAACGUGGUUUGGAUGAACCAAUGAACCCGGAACAAGCUGGGUUCCAGCGUGGAUUCGAUGAAUCAAUGAUCCCGCAACAAGCAAUAUUCCAACGUGGUUUGGAUGAACCAAUGAACCCGCAACAAGCUGGGUUCCAGCGUGGAUUCGAUGAAUCAAUGAACCCGCAACAUACAAGAUUUCAAAGUGGUGUGGAUGAAUCAAUGAACCCGCAAAGAGCUGGGUUCCAGCGUGGAUUCGAUGAAUCAGUGAACCCGGAACAAACUGGGUUCCAGCGUGGAUUCGAUGAAUCAAUGAACCCGGAACAAACUGGGUUCCAGCGUGGAUUCGAUGAAUCAAUGAACCCGGAACAAGCUGGGUUCCAGCGUGGAUUCGAUGAAUCAAUGAAUCCGCAACAAGCAAGAUUCCAACGUGGUUUGGAUGAACCGAUGCAACAACAACCAACAGAAUUUCAACAUAAAUUAGAUGAGUCACCGCAACUACAGCCGGAAGAGUUGCAACUUGGACCGGAUGAGUCAAAAACAGAAAAGAAAAAUAAAUCACGAAAGAAAAAAACACAAAAACAACAUGGACCGGACGAGGAUACUGGCUAA